AUAUUUAAUAAUGAUUUAGUUUAUGCUUAUAAGUCGGGAUAUUCAUGUUUAACAGCCAUAAGAAAUAUAUCCGAAAACAUCUAUAGAUCCUUGAUUCAUAAUGAAUUAUGUGGUUUGAUAUUUAUUGACUUUAAAAAAGCUUUUGAUUUAGUGAACCAUUCUUUGUUAUUGGACAAACCAAAGAGUUAUAAACCGACUGGAAAUUUUACAGACUUUCUUUCCUAUGUUAAAGGCAACAGAGGUGUUAUGUUAAUGGUACAUUAUCUCCACAGUGUGUGA